UAUUGUUGAUACAAGAACAAGUGCUAGAGACUACAAUGGGCGAAUUUGGCAAGCGGUUGCUGAUUUUAGCAAUUUGCAUAGCACAAAACGCUUCGCUAUCUCCAACGAAGGUAAUCCUUACCCAGAGAACUCGAGACGAUCGGCAAAACAUACAGCUUAUAGAAUUCUUGACUUCUGUGCCUAAUCUCCAAGAUUUUACCGUGUGUUACUGGUUGAAAUCCGUCAACACCACAACUCGCCAAUCGACUUUCUCAUACGCCGCACCCAACCAUCCACUUGCAAUCGCAACAUGGAUCGAGCCCACCAUUUUCGGACUUCAGAUACGUAUGGCCAUCAACAGUAUGGAAGUAUAUUCAGUGCCAUAUAACGUAGCUUACCACCACUGGUACCAUUUGUGCCAUUCCUGGGAAGGGGCAUCUGGACGUUGGCUUCUCUAUGUUGACGGCGAAUUAAUUGGACAGGGGUUCGACAGUACUGUGCGUCCUCAAUGGAUUCCAGGAAAUGGAACUGUUGUUUUUGGACAGCAACAGAAUAAUUUUGACCUCAGUCCAGAUCGGCCCGGUGGAUUCCAGUCGUCCGCGGGAGUCGAGGGAGAAAUGACCCUCAUGUUCUUUGACAGCCGACCAUUACGCCAUGACAUCCAAAGUCUUGGAGCUAGUGGGAAUGUUAAAGGUGAGAUCUUAGGUACGAAGUUGACAAGCGACAUCGACCGCAACGUAUGGGAGGUAAAACCAGGGAGCGUCGAUUGUUUUAACCAGCCCCAAGGCGACAUCGUUGCAUGGGGCGUCACACAAAUCGAACUGAUGGGUGGUGCCCUCAUGGUUGAGGCGAAACCAUCAUGUGGUGACUUCUAAGUUCCCAAUUGCUGCUAUUU